GUCAGUUCACUUGCACAGAACAAGCAGGGUUGGAAGGGCCCGGUGAAUGAUUAAAGCCUCUCCCAUCCUGCACUGAACCCCAUCCCUUCGUCGUUAUGUGUCCAGGUGUUUGACAACUUACCUGAAGAGAGGGGGUGUCUGUCGGGGCGGGUCAGGUUCUCCCCCUCCCUCACACCGGUUCCUGGAGAAAGAUGGAUGCCGGAUCCCUGCUCAGCUAUCUUUGGCUGACUCUCUCUGUCAUCAUCUCUGGGACUGGGGCGCCCCCUCGCACUGUGAAUGGAACUGUGGGACACUCGGUCUCCUUGCAUCCUUCAGUCAUACUUGGAUGGUACAAUGAUGCUCUGUGGAAGAAAGCACCACACAUCACAAUAGCAAAGACCACAGGGAGCAACAUUAGAUGCUAUGGUACUGAGGAGUACAAGCGACGGAUAACCCUUCAUCCCAGGAACUACAGUCUGGAAAUCCGUGAUCUACGGAGAGAGGACGCUGGUGAUUAUGAACUAACUGUUACAAAUGAGACCGGAGUUGACAUGAAAUGGAAAGUGCGACUGGAGGUGUACGAGCCCGUGUCAGGAACAAACAUCACGGUUCAGAACAUCACCGGGACCUGCAACCUCACCCUGACCUGCUCCGUGACCUCAGGCAACCCCACCAGCUUCAGGUGGUGGAGGGGAGGAGAAGCUGUGGGAAACGACAGCCCCCAUCACCUCUGGGAACACGGAGAGACGGUAGAGGUUCAUCACACAGCAGAGGUGGAGGGCGUUGUGUACAGGUGUGAGGCCAGGAACCCCGUCAGUGAGGGCACGGCACAGAUCCGGCUGCGGGACGUCUGUAAACUGGACACACCUGUGGAGAGAAGCUGUCUCUGUGGAUGUCGGCUGAGGGCCACAGUCGCUGCCGUCCUGCUCCUGAUUCUCCUCUCAAUCACGGUCGCCGUCCACGUCAUCAGCUCUCGCCCGGGCACCGGAACAGAAGUCAGACUUCACAAGGCUGAAUGACUCCCCCUCACCUCUUUCCUUCUCCCCAUACCCCCCUCCCAGUCUUCCUCCCUCUGCUCCUGCCCCUCCCCAUUAUUCUCCUCCCCUUCCCUCUCCCUCCCUUCACACCUCUCCUUUCUCAUGUUCUGCCACCCCCCACCCCCCCCACUCGACUCAUGUAGGUUGAAUGGAAGGCAGAGGGAGGAUUGGGUAGGGGAGGAGGUACGGAGGCCGGAGGGUGAGAGGAAGGAGGAGGGACAGGUGGGGAGGGAAGGUGGAGGAGGUGGGAGUCAAGAGGAGGAGAAGGGGUGGAGGGUGGAUGGG